GUCGCCCUCCUCUGCCGCUCGCCAUCCUCCGCCCCGCCCUCCUCCGGCCGUCGUCCUCCUCCGCCCUGACCUCCUCCGCUGCUCGCAAUCCUCCGCCCUGCCCUCCUCUGGCCGUCGCCCUCCGCCGCCCCCUUCUCCUGCAGUCGCCCUCCUCCGCCCGUCGACCUCCGUCUGUCCCGCUGGUCGCCCUCCGUCUGUUGAAAUCCUUUGCAGCCAAGUAUUGGUUGAGAGCAACCAGUCUAGAGGAUACGGACCAGGUUGGGAUCAUACAAGUAACCAAACAGAAGCCAGCGAGAUGAUCCUCCGGACUCCACCGCAGCGGAAGCGUCGUGCCAACUCCGACGUAGACGCCGACAUCGACCUCGACCUCGUCGCCGCCGCCGCCAACGUCCGGAGCCCCGUUUCUGACCGCCGCCUUGUGGUUUACGACCAUCCCACCGCCCUCGUAGCCGCUGGCGUCCCUGGGGAGCCCAUGGAUGACAUGGUCUGCACGUAUCACUGCCGUCAAAUGGUGAAAUCGGAAUUUAUGGUGGCACUGGACACUGCAGAGAAGCAAGUUCAGGAAUAUCGAGCCACACUCGAUGCUCUAGAGGAACGAUUAUCCAAGAGUGAGGAUGAGAGGACAGCAUGCCAGGACAAAUUGAAUUAUGUUGAGCAAGAACUGGCAGCAACGAAAGGUCGGGAAAGUGCACUGCAAGAGCGACUGUUAAAGGAAGUGGGUGACUUUCAUGAGCGUUACCGUGAUCAAAUCAAGAAGAUAGGGGAACUUGAGGCGCAGCUGCAAAAAGAGAUUGAUUCUCGAAUUGCUGCUGAAUCAUUGUCAACAUCUGCAAAGGAGUCAGUCAAGGAGUUGGAGGGGAAUUUGCAGCGUUUGUCUGAAAAAUCAGAAAGGGAGAAGAAAGCCCUUAAGAAGGAACUUUCAUAUUUGCAGGAUGACACAAAAUUAUCUGUUUCUAAACUAAAUGCUGAGGUUGAAAGAAUGAGACUCAAGGCACAAAACUCUGAGGAUGAAGCAAAGUUGUUGAAUGAACAGUUGGAUGACUUGAAAAAGCAACUAGAUGAGAGUGUUCGCGAAAAGAAUGAGAUGGAACACAAGCUAUUGAAUUGCAGUGUUUUAUCUGAUCAACGUACUCCAUCAGAUGAUAAGAAGUUGAUAAAGCUUUUGCAGGAGGAGCUCCGGAAUCAUGAAAAAGAAGUUGAUGAAGCUAGAAGGCUGAAGUCUACCCACACGAAUGCUGAGUUGCUUAAAGAAAAAUUAUUGGAGGAGCAGGGGCGCAGGGAGAGAGUAGAAAAGGAACUAUCUAAGCUGCAGGAAAUUGAAGCUAAAGCACAGAAGUUGGAACUUGAAUUAGCAACAUGCACAAGAUUGCUCAGCAACAUACCUGAUGUAUCUUCUUUUGGUGAUAUACCUCAAAAGAUCUCAGAUUUGCAGAAGCAAGCAUUGACAAAUUUAAAUAAAGUUGGUGAGGUAACAUCACAGUUGAAAGAAUUAAAGGUUGCUUUGGAAUUCGCUGAUCUUAGCAAGCAACGGGCAGAAGGUGAAGCAACCCUUGCCAAAGAGAGGGCUGAAAGCUCUACUAGGGAGGUCAAGCGGCUUGAACUUCUGCUUGCUGUUGUAAGUGAAGAAAGGGAUAGAUUAAGAAAGGACCAUGCGAUGUCAAAAUCUAGGGAUGGAGAUGAUGCAUCAUCAAAGAAUAUGGAAUCAGAUCUAUCUCGAAUGGAAAAGGUAGUAAGGGAACUGGAGGACACCAUACGUGACCAAAGAGAGUUAAUUAAUCAACAGCACACUGAGCUCAAUUUGAUGAAUGAAAAAUUGAGCAUUGAAUCAAGAAAAGCAAAAUCAUUAGAGCGAGAUGGAGAUCAAUUACGCUCACAGGUGGCUUUACUUGAGUCAAAGUUGGGUCAUGGGGAUUACUCUGCCUCUAGCACAAAAGUAUUGCGUAUGGUAAAUACUCUUGCAGUGGACAAUGAAGCAAAGCAGACUAUAGAGGCAUUGCAAGCUGAAUUGAAGAAAACAAAAGAGAGGCUACAAGCAGUUGAAGAACUAAAAGGACAAACUGAUGUUGGAACCGUGGUUGAUGCAAAUAUUGCUGAAAAGCUAGCACAGCUUAAAAAUCAAAUUGCCACCCUAGAGAAACGUGAAGAAAGAUAUAAGGCAGUAUUUGCAGAGAGAAUCUCAGUUUUCCGAAAGGCUUGCUGCUCACUCUUUGGUUAUAAGAUUGUGAUGAAUGAUCAGCAACAGUCAAAUGGGAUCCCUGUAACACGUUUUAUUCUGCAAUCAGUUUACGCCCAAAGUGAUGAUGAGAAGCUUGAGUUUGACUAUGAAUCUGGAAGCACCAAUAUUGUGGUCAAUGACUACACUUCUCAACAUGAGAUUCCUCAGCAGGUCGAUAUUUUCAUAAGAAAAAUGAAUUCCAUCCCAGCCUUCACAGCUAACCUGACAAUGGAAUCCUUCAACAAGAGAAGUAUCUAUGGAAAAUAUAUUCCUUUUGCAAGCACUCAGGGCUUGUUUCUUUCUGAUACACUUAUCAGUUCAUCACAGCUUCUCAAGGCGCUGACGACGCCGGAGCGGCAGCCGCAGCCGGAGAAGAAGCCGCCAAGGACGAGGGCGCCGCUGCCGGGGAAGGCCGUGGUCGCGCUGUGCGUGGCGAGCUUCCUCGUGGGCUUGCUGCUCAGCGGCCGGGCGCCGAUGCUGCUACUACCGACGGGCUCGUCGCCGCCGGUGAGCAACUACAAGACCCCCUCUGGCUGCGAGAUGAAACGCGCUAAGCUAGGCGAGAGCAAUCCAACGGACAUCAUGAACGAUGUGUCGAGGACUCACCACGCGAUCCAGUCCCUGGACAAGGCGGUGUCUUCCCUGGAGAUAGAGCUAGCCGUGGAGCGCGCGAGGAGCAGCGCCGCCGGCGCCGGCGCGGCCGUCUCAUCCAUGGUGCCGCAGAAGGCCUUCGUCGUGAUCGGCAUCAACACCGCCUUCAGCAGCAAGAAGCGCCGCGACUCCCUCCGCGACACCUGGGUCCCCAGAGGGGAGAAGCUGAGGAGGCUGGAGAAGGAGAAGGGGGUCGUGAUCCGGUUCGUGAUCGGGCGCAGCUGCGCGGCGGGCGACGGGGCGCUGGACCGCGCGGUGGACGCGGAGGAGGCGGAGACCAACGACUUCCUGCGGCUGGAUCACGUGGAGGGCUACCACGAGCUAUCCUCCAAGACAAGGAUCUACUUCACCGCCGCCGUCGCCACCUGGGACGCCGACUUCUACGUCAAGGUCGACGACGACGUCCACGUCAACCUUGGGAUGCUGACGAGUAGGCUGGCCAAGUACAGGACCCGGCCGAGGGUGUACGUCGGCUGCAUGAAGUCCGGACCUGUUCUGUCGCAGAAAGGAGUGAAGUACCACGAGCCGGAGUACUGGAAGUUCGGGGACGAGGGGAACAAGUACUUCCGCCACGCCACGGGCCAAAUCUACGCCGUUUCCAAGGAUCUUGCCGCCUACAUCUCCAUCAACCAGCCGAUCCUGCACAGGUUCGCGAACGAGGACGUCUCCCUCGGCGCGUGGCUCAUCGGGCUCGAGGUCGAGCACGUCGACGACCGCAGCAUGUGCUGCGCCACGCCUCCAGAUUGCGAGUGGAAGAAGCGAGCCGGGAACGUGUGCGUGGCGUCGUUCGAUUGGUCGUGCAGUGGGGUCUGCAAGUCAGUGGACAGGAUGAAGCACAUCCACAAGGCCUGCGGCGAAGGACAGGGUGCAAUCUGGAGCGUCGCCACGUGAUAAACCAUCAAGUUUACAUCGCAAGCAUUAAUCUUUGGUUUACGAUGGUGAAAAGCAGCAGGCGACGAGAUAGAUUAUUUUUAUUUUUUUUCCAACUCUUGACAAGUCGACGCAUGAAUGAUCAAUUGUUUGAAAUGCUUUAGAAAGGGAGCCAGCCACGUAGAAUGCAUGAAUGCGAUCUGUGGAAAAUGGAAAUGGGAAGGCUUUAGCAUUAUCCCAGAUGCUUCACUUGUUAAGACUUUUUAUUAUUACUAUCCGUGCAUUGUUAAUCAUGAAUCCUUCUGCUUUCUGGAA